UGAGUAUCCAAUUGGUCAUAUUUGUUGCAUUUGUGCUGCUUUGUUCAUUUUUUUAUUAGUACAACAUGUAUGGUUUGAUUAUGCAAAGAGUUGUGUGCGGAUUUGGAUGCAUUUCAAGCUAAAUAUGCAAGAAAAAAUUGAUUUGUACUUGCUGAUUUUUCUGAAAUCUGUACUACUCUUGCUGUUUUUGUCCCUUAAGAGUGCUCAUUUGCUUCAAAUAUGAAUUAUUAUUGAUAUAUCUUUCUUGGGGACAAAAUUUUGAAGCAUGCCAUGAUGUUUCUAUGCUGAUUUUGAUGUUUUAGGAGCUGAAUUUUUGAUAAAAUCUGAUCUGCAUGGUUUUUUUUAAAAAAAUCUGCAACAUCUUUUCUUGCUUUUCAUGCUGAAUUUGAGUUCCUAAGAUGCCUACUUGCUGAAUUAUGCACUUUAAUUGUUAAAUACAUGCAUAGGAACUGACUUGAAGGGUAUUUAGCUUGUCUUUGCAAUCUAAAUUUGACCCUUAUAUGCUGAGUUUUGAUGUCAAAGUGCAAAAAUGCAGAAAACUGUUUCUAAAUACUGAUUUGAAGCUUACAAUCUGCACUUGGGUUCUGAAUUUCGGCUUCCGUUGUUUUUACUUUCUCUGAGUGUUUUAAAGAAACACUUUUACUUCUCUUUACUACUUCAUGGUUUAUUUGCAUGUAUGUUUGCAAGUAGUAAACUGUGUCUAGCCAAAGACUUUAAAUCGGGCGGCUUAUGGGAGGCAACCCACUUUCUUUUUAAGUUUUUUUUGCAUUGUUCUUUGAAAAAGGGUUCUUUUACUUCUAACUUCUAGUUAUUGUUGCACUUUUUCUCUUGUUUAUUUUUUUUUCUAACAUGACCCACUAACAUUUUAAAUCAUUUUUUAAAUAAUUCUUUUUAAUUUCUUAUGCUUACUUCUAACUUUAACUUCUUUAACUUCCUGUUGUAUUUUUUUUUCCCUUGUGAUGCAUCAUUUUUUUUCUUUCAUUUAAUUUUUGAAAAACACAAAAAAAAAUAAUAUUGAAAAGAAAAAAAAAGUAUGUUGCUUGCUUUUAAAUGUUUUUACUUAUUUGUGCUUCUAACCAUCUACUUUGAGAGCUUUUUGCAAGAUUUGUUGAGUUUUAGGUGGAAGCAUGGUGUUUGGAGUAAAAAUCUGCACAUUAUGGUGCGAAAAAAUUUGUUUUAAAACAGGGGCUCGAAGUGCUCGGGUGUUGGUAUGCCAUUAAAUUUCAAUUUUCUUAAGCCUUGGGUUUUAUAUUUGAUCAAUUAUGGGAUGAAAAUUGAAAAAUUCUGCACUUCUCAGUUUGAUUUUUGGGCUAUAAACUGAAAAAUAUGCACUUUGUGAGCUGUUUUUUAGUGCAGAAUGAAAAUCCUACACUUUUCACAGCUUAUAUGUGCUAAAAUGGAAAAAAAUCAGAAUUGUUUUUGUUCUUAAACGCAAAAAUACUUGGUCUUAGCCUUCUUUUUGCAGAUUUUUUAGGUCCAACAAAAGCAUGAUAAGGAACGGGGAAUGAUGAAUUGAUGCUGUGUAUACUUUUUUUGUUGAAUUCCCCUAUUCUCUUCUCUCUUUGCUAAGUCUGUGCUUACUUAAUAUUGUCGCUUACUUAUUAUUGUCAUACCAUAUAGAUGCAUCGAGGACUAUGCAAAUUUUAAGUGUGGGGGGAGUUGCUCAUGCUUGUGUCAUUGCUUAAAAAAACUUUUGGGGUAAAUUUUUUUUCAAAAAAAUAGGUUUUGGGUCCAAAUAUUUUGUCAUUCUUUGUUGAAUAUCUUCUUAUUUAGAGCAUUGUUUUCAAAAUUGACCCAAAAACCUCAUUGUUUUCCUUGAGGCUUUAUUCUGAAAGAUAACAAGUGUAUACUUUUUAAACCCACAUUGAGUCUUAUGCUCUUUUCUUGGUAAAAAAUGACCUUAAAAUGUUUGAAAUCCUUCUAGGAAUACCAUAGAAUUUUGUUUUCUAGAACUGGCCAUCCACAUAUAUCUAGAUGCUGCCUAAUCAACCAUUGCUUGAUAUUAAAAUUUGGAAAAAGAAGAGAAACCAGUUUUAGGAGCCUUUUAUUUUUAGAAAAUUGAGUGACUUUUUAUAUUGUUUAGGCUUAUUGAUGAACCUUGCUACCGCUGCUAUUGAGCCGUUUUAAACCAUAAGAUUCCGCUAGGAAACUUUUUUGUAGCAGCUUUAGAGUAAUUGUUAGAACCCAAAAAUCCACACCUUAGUUUUCCAUCCUUGUAGGAUUUCUAGCUCAUUCUGUUUUUAAAAUGCUAUGGGCAUAAAGUUUUAAGUGUGGGUUUAUAAGGUGCACUUUGUUUUUCUUAAUGAUGAUAGAAAAGAUUCAAAUGGUUUCUUUUUGGUCUUUUCAACGAGGACGUUCAAGUCUUAAGUGUGGGGUAUUUGAUAACUCGGGUUUGGGUUAGUACUUUUUAUUCAAUUUUAGCCAUUUUUUUAGAGUUUAAUUUUUAGUUGUUUAGCUUAGUUUUAUUUUAAUUCUUAUUUUUACACUCUUUUUAUUUUCUCUCAAAAAUAAUAUCUUAUAUGUGGAGAAAGUGCAGCAAAAGGCCAAAGUGCAGUUCAAGUUUAAAAAGAAGAGAUCAAAAUUGGGUUGAAGCCCAAUCCAUCAUCAACAACAAUAACCGGCCCUUUCCUCCUUUGCUUUUUAAUUAGCACAAGUAAAAGAAAAAAAAGUCUACGACUCCUUCUUCUUCGCCAUCGUCAACGGAGCGCAGCGCCCAAAUCAAACGCAUAACUCCUCCAACGUUCGGCUCCAUCAAUUGCGCAGCAAUCAAUUAUCAACGGGAAGAAUUCAGCUCCUCCUUGCUAUAAAUUGAAGAGAAUCGACACACAUGAAAGGGGGGGAAACACAUGAGAAUAAAGCAGCGGCCAAGCCGCUGCUAUGGCGGAAUCCGGCGGCAUCAGUUCUGGCGAUGGUCGGCGGUGAUAGGUCAGGCGGUCCCUUCAAGCUCCAAUUCUUCAAUUACUUCUUCUUCAACAAUUGGUAACCCUAUAUGUUAUUUCUUCAAUUUCUUCUCCAAUUUCAUUGUAAAAGUGUUGUUUCAAUUCAAAUUUACAUUUUUUUUCCCUUGUUUGUGUUAAUUUCGAAAAUUUCAAAAUGGUUGGUGUUCUUUUAUGGGUUUUUUAUGUUAUAUUAAAUCCCUUAUGAAUGAAAAUUGAUUCUUACUAGUUUCUUCAAUUUUUGCGCAAAUUGAUGUUAAAUCGGUUGAAUUAUAAAUUUGAUUUCAUAAGUAGGUUGGUAUGUCGACUUCGGUUAUCAUUGAAGCUAAUUUAGCUACAUAUUUUAGUUAAGUGAUUCUCGAAUUCAUACGUGAAUCUUUUUUUUGUGACUUGUGUUUUGUAAAAUUUUAAGGAUUUUGGACUUCUUAGCCACAUAAGUCGAACGUUUUCCUUAAGAUUCGUUAUAGAGUGAUUGUUUAUGUCUUGGUGUUUUUGUUUGUUAUUUUCAUAAAAAUUGGGAUUGUUUAAGCGCAAUAAACAACUCUUGAUUUAAUGAAAAUAUGUAAUGUUCUUUUAUGUGAAUAGAUUACAAUUCUUAUGCUUGAGUAGUUCAAGGAGACCUGCAAAAUAUUUUCAUCAUUAGACGUUAAAGUUUAUUAAAGUGUAUCAAAUGUUCUUCAUGAAUACUUUGUGCAUGGGAGUUAGAAUGAAAGAAAGAUUCGCUCUUUUAUAAACUUUUUCAUCUUUUGGAAUCAUUAUUUGAGCGCUUGAGGUGAGUGGGGGUUCAAAGCUAAGGUUCCUUUUGACUAACUAAGCCAUGGACACUCGGACGGAUCCCCCAAAACCACGCUUGAUGAAACCCAAAGAGAAUCCUCAUUGGGCGGGUUGGAGCCCCUACAAAGGAAUCCCUAGGUUCAACUUGGCCAACCCCAAGUCCAGCGCAGCACGCAGUGGCGACAGAUCAAAAGAACAGAGCAAAGAUAGAAGAAUGAAACAGAGCAGUAAAGAGCGAACAGAAGAAAAGGACAGAGACGAGUAGAACAAAUUGAGGUGUUCAGA